AUGGCACCCAAGGACAAGUACACCGAUCCGAAACUCCGGGAUGAAGUUAAAGAAGAGAUUCACAAAGGCGACAAGGGAGGAAAACCUGGGCAAUGGUCUGCACGGAAGGCGCAAAUGAUGGCCGCGGAGUAUAAAAAACGGGGUGGGAGCUACAACACCUCUAAAGAGGAUCAAAGUCAAUCACAGAAGCAUUUGGACCAGUGGACGGAAGAAGACUGGCAAACUAAGGAAGGAUCCGGCACCGCGAAGAAGGACGAUGGAACGCGCAAGAGAUAUCUGCCCAAGCAAGCAUGGGAACAGAUGAGCGACGACGAGAAGGAGGAGACCGACGAAAAAAAGGUCCAGGAAUCUAAGGAGGGUAAGCAAUUUGUCGGCAAUACCACCGAAGCCAAAUCUGCUAGGAAAAAGGCCAGUCGUGAUUCAGUCGACUCUUCCAACGACGCCUCAAAGGCCAAUGGAGAGGAGAAACAACAUCAGACUCAGAAGCAACAAACACGUCGGUCUGGCAGAAUGCAGAAUAAAGCGAAUGACGAGAAGAAUGGCGCAUCGAAGGAGUCUAGCUCUCCUACGAGCAAGAAACGCACUGCAAAGCAAUCAGAGAGUUCUAAUAAAAAGAAAAAGAAUGGGUCAUCUCGGGCAGAGAAAAAGGAGCAGGAGUGA